GGCUUUGAACUUGGAACCCGGACUUACAAGGUCUUCAAUGAAGCAAUGUGGAAUAGGGGUGAGCUUCGAUCAGCUCUACAGGAUGGCUUACGGGAAUGGAUCACGAUUCUGGCUACAAUAUGUGCUGACGGGACUGCUCUAGAUCCAAGUCUAAUCUAUGCCUCAGAUGCCAGCACCUUACAGUCU